AUGCCCGUCACCAAAUUCUCGCACCCAGACCCAUACAAAUACCAGAUCGGCUUCGACUCGUAUCACGAAACCGAGGCUAUCGAAGGUGCUCUGCCCAUAGGCCAUAACUCGCCGCAAAAGGUGCCCUAUGGUCUCUACGCCGAGAAGCUCUCGGGAACUGCCUUCACAGCGCCCCGACAUGAAAACAAGCAGACCUGGGUAUACCGUGUGUUACCCGCGGCGGCCCACGAGAACUUCAAGGCAGAGGAUGCCGACUCCUACCAUACGGCUAUGACCACCGAGACCCAUAAACUGCACCACAUCCCCAACCAGCUCCGAUGGAACCCAUUCGACAUCGACGAGAAGGUGGACUGGGUCCACGGUCUGCAUUUGAUUGCCGGCUCGGGUGACCCGACCAUGAAAACAGGCCUGGGUAUCUUGCUUUACGCCGCUGGAAAGGACAUGGGCAAGGAGGCCUUCUACUCCGCCGAUGGCGACUUUUUGAUCGUCCCCCAGCACGGUGUGUUGGACAUCCAGACCGAGCUCGGCCGUAUUGUCCUGCGGCCGAACGAGAUCUGCGUGAUCCCCCGCGGUGUCCGCUACCGUGUGACCCUCCCCGACGGCCCCGUCCGAGGCUAUAUCUGUGAGCUCUACCAAGGCCACUAUCAGCUCCCCGAGCUAGGCCCCAUCGGCUCCAACUGCCUCGCCAACGCGCGCGACUUUCAAGCUCCCGUCGCAUCCUUUGACGACGAUGCCGAAGAAGAAGACAAGGAGUACAAACUGUUCAGCAAGUUUAACAACACACUCUUCUCAGCGCGCCAGAUGCACACUCCCUUCGACGUCGUCGCCUGGCAUGGUAACUACUACCCAUACAAGUAUGACCUGGGCCGAUUCAAUACCAUUGGCUCCAUCUCAUUCGACCACCCCGACCCCUCCAUCUUCACUGUUCUGACUGGUCCCUCCGAUCACGUUGGUACUGCCAUCGCUGACUUCGUUAUCUUCCCGCCUCGCUGGCUGGUCGCUGAAAACACCUUCCGUCCUCCGUGGUACCACCGUAAUACCAUGUCUGAGUUCAUGGGUCUGAUUAGUGGUAACUACGAUGCGAAGACGGGAGGCGGAUUCCAGCCAGCCGGUGCUAGUCUGCACAACGUGAUGAGUGCACACGGUCCGGACUCGGCGGCGUUUGAAGGAGCCAGCAACGCCGAGUUGAAGCCUGCCAAGGUCGGGGAAGGAAGCAUGGCAUUUAUGUUUGAGAGUUCUCUUAUGGUUGGUGUUUCUGAAUGGGGCUUGAAGACUUGCGAAAAGGUCCAGGAGGAGUACAAUGAUCAUAGCUGGACGCCGUUGAAGCGUCACUUCGUCAACCCCAACAAGAAGAACUAG